AUGCUCUAUCAAGAAGUCUAUCGUCUUUGGCAAAUACAUCAGAAAACGAAUCGAUCCAUACGAAGUCUUGUUGCACAAAGUUUAUAUAAGAAUAAACCACAGUUAUUGGCACUGAUCUCAAGAGUUAUUCAACAUCGGACUUUGCUGCAAACUAUUAUUGAUCGAUCACAAUUAUUAGAAAGAGAAAAAUUUCUAUCAAAUGAUUUAGCAUUGAUUCUUGUUUAUGAUCAAGUUUUUGGAACACAUGUUAGAGGAAAAUUUAAGGGUAUGUUAAAACGUAAUCAAUCAUCGAUCGACCAAUGUAUUCAAACUCUUCUAAACGAACAAAAUUUGUCUUCAAUAACUGAAUUAGCAGAAUUAACAUCGAUUAAACAACCUAUUUCCACUGAAAUUCCUCGUUAUGUUCGUAUAAACCUACUGAAGACUACAAGAAAAAAGCUUCGAUUAAAUCUCAAAGAAUUAUCCUUCAGAAAGAUUAAAAAUGUGUGA